AGAGGAGUUGCCAUGUUGGCCUCCUCCCCCCCAUCACUCCUCUUCCUCCUCCUCCUCCUCCCCCUCUCCUCCUCAGCGGACCGAGAUGCGACCCCUGACCCCUCGGUGCGGCGCAGGGAACUUGCCGGCGCUCCGCUCGCUCACCUGCUGGUGGAGCCGGGGGCGGGGCGUCUCUAUGUGGGCGGAGUCGACCACCUGUACCAGCUGACCUCUGACCUGGAAGUGAUGUCGCAUGCACAGACCGGCCCCAGACUGGACUCACCCGACUGCCUCCCCCCCAUCCUCCCCCACGACUGCCCCUCCGCCUCCCCCACACACAACCACAACAAGCUCCUCCUCCUGGAGCCCGGCGGCGGCGAGGGCAGACAGACGGGCAGUCUCAUCGUCUGCGGCUCACUGUACCAGGGCAUCUGCGACAAGAGGAGUCUGUCCAACAUCUCCGAGCUCCUCUACCAGACGUCCAAUCCCGUCGACACGCAGUACGUCGCCGCCAACGACCCGCGCGUUUCCACCGUUGCCGUUAUCAUAACCACUGAGAACAAACAGGAAGUGGGCGGGGCCAACGGCGUCCUGCGGCUGAUGCUCGUCGGCCGGGGCUACACCAGCAAGGGUCCCGGCGACAUCCCUCCAAUCACGACGCGGCGGCUGUUCCCCGUGGCCCCGCCCCGCCUGGCCUUCUCGCAGGAGGAGGAGCUGGGGAAGCUCGUCGUCGGGAGCUACUCCGAGUACAACAACCACUUCGUCAAGGCGGUCGCCCAUGGCGACCACGUGUACUUCUUGUUCUCGCGGCGGGACAUGUGGCACAGGAAGGAGUACCGCACGUACGCCUCGCGGCUCUGCGCCUCCGACCGCAGCUUCUACUCCUACGUGGAGGUUCCUCUGCUCUGCCAGGGCGGCUACAACCUGGCCCAGGGGGCGUGGCUCGGCUCGCACGCCGCCGCGCCCGCACUGUUUGUGGUCAUGGCGGCGGGGCAGGCGUCCACGCCCGUGGCCACCGGCCGCUCGGCGCUGUGUGUUUACAGCAUGGCCGAGCUGGACGCCGUGCUGAGGCGGGCGCAGGAAGUGUGUUACACCGAGGGAGGAAGAGGAAGCAGCGGACAGGAAGAGGCUUACAUCGAAUACGCCGUGUCAUCGAAAUGUCUCCGACUGCCCAAGGACUCUCUGGCAGAGUACCCCUGCGGGGGCGAGCACACCCCCAACCCCAUCGCCAGCGCCGUGCCCCUCCCUUCCACACCCUCUGUUACCUCGACAACCCAGCUCACUGCUGUUACCACGGCAACGGAGGCGGGGCACACCAUCGCCUUCCUGGGAGACAGAGAGGGCCGACUGCACAAGGUGCUGGUGCGUCCUGAUAGGUCGGCCCGGCUCUAUGACAGCGUGCUGGUGGACCCGGGUAGUGCGGUGAACGCUGACCUCCUAUUGGACGAGAGGCAGGAGCAUGUUUACGUGUUGACGCAGAGCCAGCUGUCGAAGGUUCCUGUCUCAUCCUGUGAGAGACAGACAGACUGUCAGUCCUGUCUCGCUGCCAGAGACCCAUACUGCGGCUGGUGUGUCCUGGAGGGAAGGUGCAGUCGUAAACACGAGUGUCAGCGUCACCUGCAGCCCAACCAUUGGCUGUGGAGCUUUGAGCCGGCCAAUCAGUGCGUGACGGUCCAGAGGCUGGAGCCGACCAAUCAGAGCAAAGAUGAGCAGACGCAGGUAACGCUGUCAGUCGUCCAGCUUCCUGCCCUCUCGGAGGCGGAGUCUCUGUCUUGUGCCUUCGGGCUCCUCCCCCCUCAGCCUGCCGUUGUCACGGGAACACACAUCACCUGUCAAUCACCGCCGCCUGAGCACCUCCCCCCCAUGCCAGCAGGAAGCGAUCACAUGAUCCUGCGCGUGUCCCUGAUGUUUGGUCAUGUGACUGUCACCCAGGGCAACAUGACCUUCUAUGACUGUGGAGCCGUGGGCCGCCUAAACCAGAGCUCCCAGUGUCUGGCGUGCGUCAGCAGCAUGUGGCCCUGCAACUGGUGUCCUCUGGACCAGCUGUGCUCGCCAAACCACAGCUGCCCCAGCCAGCACAUCAUCCUCAACCACAGGCAGCAGUCAUCUGGCUCCGCCUCCUGUCCUCUGGUUUACGGCCUGCAGAGUUCUGCCUUAGUGCCCAUGGGCAUCAUGACCACUGUGGUGCUGCUGGGACGAAACCUGGACCUUUACACCGAUGAGGCUGACUAUGUGUGUGUGGUGGAAAUCGAGGGAGUCCAGUUCAACCUGACAGCGACAGUGAAGGAAACACACGACACACACAUCUUCACCUGCAGCCCACACCAGUUCCAGUAUGCAGUCAGUCAGCUGCAGUAUUCAGCUCCUGUCUAUCUGAGGAGAGGAGAGCGACGCAUCGAUGCCACGCCCCUCCUCCGCCUCCACCUGUACGACUGCUCAGCCGGCCAAUCAGAUUGCUCCCAGUGCAGAGCGGUGCCCGAGGAGUACGGGUGCGUGUGGUGUCCGGGAAGCUCCGCCCCCAGCUGCGUUUACAACCAAUCAUGUUCCUCCGUGCCUGCAGACACCUGCCCUCCUCCACAGAUCUCACAGGUGCUUCCUGUUUCCGGGCCCCUGGAGGGCGGAGUCCUGGUGACCAUCAGAGGCUCCAACCUGGGCAUGAAGUACCAGGAUGUGGUGGGCGGAGUCACUGUGGCGGGCGUGCCCUGUCUGCCCCAAGCGGACGGCUACCAGAUCUCCACCAGGAUAGUGUGUGAGUUGCAGCCCAGUGGGGAGCAGAGGGAGGGGCCUGUGCUGGUUACCGUGGGAACGACCCCACCUGGCAGGUCAGCGCAGACCUUCACCUAUCAGGACCCCCAGCUGCUGGCUCUGGUCCCAGAUAAAGGUCCCGUGUCAGGAGGAACUCGGCUGACGGUUCGAGGCCAGCAGCUCCUGACGGGACAGGCGAGCGACCUGAGGGCCUACCUGGGCGCCCAGCCCUGCUACAUUGUGGAGGAGGUGAACGACACCCAGCUGGUGUGUCAGACCAGCUCCAGCAACAGGACCGGCGGCGUGACGCUGCGAGUUCUGUUCGGGAAAGCAGAGAGAACCGUCCCCGCCGCCGUCUACCGUUACCUUGACGACCCCGUCGUCACGGACGCCACGCCCGCCGAGAGCUUCUACGAAGGAGGGCGGGCCAUCAAGGUGACGGGCAGGAACCUGGACGUGGUGCAGCAGCCAAUCAUAUCGGUGUGGGUGGAGCCUCUGGAUGUACAGAGGGUCAAACGGAGAAGACGAUUGGCUCUCCUCACCGCCAGGCAGCAGCUGGUGUUCAACAGCACCAUGACAACG